CCGCGACCACGGCCAGUGCAACCUGGCCGAAACGUUGGGAAAAAAGAUGUCGGUAGGAUGGAGCUGCCUGCCGCUGCUGCCUCUGGGCUGCAUCCUGGAGCACCUGAGCCUGGAGGACGCUCUGGCAGCCAUGUCCACCAGCCGGCACUGGCGCAGUGGCCUGCUCAUGUACGAGGGCCGGAGGAAAACUCUGAAACUCAACGCGAAGCAGUUGGACAAAUGCGCGUUCCUAGCGCGAAUAUUUAAGAAACACGCAAACGUACUGCAAAUACACGUUGCGGACUGCAGUCGGGCCGAGCUCACGCAGUUCAUGCACAAAAUAAUGCCACAAUUCUUCGACACACUGAAGCUCCUAGAGAUAGUAUUCAUAGGACCCGGCUGCGUGCAGAUGGCGCAUAGCAACGUCAAACUAGACAGAGUAAUGAUAGAGAGCCUGCUAUUCAAACAUUCCCACAGCAUACGGAACUUCGCGCUGCUCAACUGCGAAAUGGACGCGGUAGAUGACAAGAAGCCGAGACAAAUUCAUGGCAAUGUGAAACUAUACUCCCGCGGGCUUCGCUUUGACCCCUCGUCACCUGCCGACGCGGUUUUAUCCAGAUUCAAUGCUGAGGCGAUGAUGUUUUCCAGCUUACAGCACAUACUAGUGGACUACGACCUCGUGACAACAGACACUCUAGAAACCCUCUCGCAGCUCACAUCAUUCAGCCAGCUCAGCAUCAUCAUAUGCAACAAGAAACUAGCACAUUCCGUGGACUGGCGCCGGGUUCAGACCUUCUACCCUAACGGGUUAGACGUCGCUGUCAACUUGAUUGGAUUGCCAGAGAAAAAGAUCGACGAAGUCAUGGAAACAGUUUUAGUCGAGGGGCUGACUCUCACAUCGCUCAAGCUGCUGUUUUGUAAAACUUUACACCCGCCCCUCAUCAAGCAUGUGGUGCGGCUUCACAAGGACUCGCUACGCGAGUUCGUCGUUGUGGACGCGCCUCACGAGUCGUGCCCACACGUCAUACGUUCACUGCGCGCUCCUGAGUAUGAAUCAUGCAACGUGAAUCCAAUCAUAUUGAUGUGCUGGCAGUGUACUCAACUAAGAAGACUUGUGUUACAUGGCUACUGGGUAUGGCAGUACGACGUACUUGGUUUCGUGCGGCUCCGCAAAUCGCUGUGUGAGCUGGAAAUAUCUGCCGUGUAUAGACGACAGCGGUGCCCGCAGCAGGCGGCUAAUAUGGCGCGCGUGCAUGUUGGGGACGCGCCUGCUACUCUCGACGCGAGCUUUGUUAGACAAGUGAACGAGUACACGGAGUUCCUGUGGAAGCCGUGCUCGUGGGCGCGCCUGCACCCCGCGCUGCGCGCGCGCGCCGCGCCGGCCGCGCGCGCCGCCUACGUGCUGCGCGAGGCGCGCCGCCCGCUCGGCGUCACGUUGCAUUCUCACAAAUGAGAGUGCCAAACAACGUGACAUCGAAGCCUGGCAAUGUGAGCAAAAAUGACGAAAAUUCGAAUAUUGGCGAUCGACGAAAAUUACUAAAGGUAUUUGUUCAAUGCCAUCACACCAGCUGCGUGUGCAUAGACUCCACGCACACGUCACGCAGGCGGUGUGCCAUCUCUUAUAAGAUUAUGUAUAUCACAACGCGCACUCACGUCAACGCAUACGCAUCCGGUGUGAGCGGGCUUCAUCAACUUGUACCUGUAAUAAAUGAAAAUAAAAAUAGUGGUGAAUAAAAAUGCAACCUGUAUAAAAGCUCUCCUGAGCGCUUUGAAAUUUAAAUGUCUUAUAAAGAAAUUUAUACUUAAUACUCAAGGGCCUAAAUCAGUCCUUUAAAUGUACCUCUUAUAAAGGGACAAAUUAUCGAUAAUCGCUUUAAAAUCAUAGACAAAGCAAUCUUUGCAUAGUUAGAAAAUGAAACAAAGUUCCUGAUACAUUUUCUUUUUAUAACUAGUAUAAUUUCUGAGAAAAUUCAACACAGCUUAGAUUUUCAAUGAAAAUUACGCGUUUAACAUACGAAAUGACUUAGGAAUAAGAAGAACAAAGUCAAUUGUCACCAAACUACUUACAUAAUAAACUGUAUUCAAUCACUGGUCCUAAGAAUCGAAUUUAUGUGUGAUAGAAAGUAUAUAAAAAUAAGUAUAAGCUGUGUGAAUAUUGGUAUGCACUAACUUUAAUAGAUACUCGAAGAAUAAACUUCAAAGUCACCAUGUAGGGUUGAUUUUUCGAGAUCAUUUCAUAUUCAUGCAGCAGUCCCCACCUCGACUAAAGGAAACAAAAGCUUUAAAAUGACGAGUUUUGAAUACAGUUUUCGUAAUUUCUAUAACAAAAGAGGUUUCUAGAAAUUGUAGCGUAAUUAUUAGACAUGAUGGAAAGGGAAAAGUACGGCUCUCUUCAGUGGCAUUUGCGGUUUACUUUUAAAACUAAUAUUUCGUAGCUACUCUUGUAUCUUAUUUAUUUGCUACGUUUAGUUCACGAAUUGUGAAACAAUUCUUAAAUGUUGUUAUUCUAUGCGAUGUUCAUAAUACGAAUCGGGAAUGUCGGGAUAGAAUCGCAAGGCAUCGAUGGAAGGACGCUCAAUACUGUCACUGCAUAUAUACAAAAGAUAAGAGCGUCAUGACGCAAUUUUUGUCGAGACCUACUUUUCUCUUCUCACCAUGUUUUAGAGAACAUUGAGAAAAGCCGAAUGAUAUGUUUACUGGCAACAUCUCUCAAAAUAGCGAAUUUAUCAUGUAGUUGUAAUAAUGCAAUGUUAACAUUGAGAUAUCACGCCAAAAGGGGCCAAACUCCGACUUGCCCAAACAACCGAGACGAUUCGGUGAGUUGUGUGAUAAUAACAGAUUGUGAUAUCAUUAAGCAAAUGAAGUAAGAUUGGGGUCGCAUAUUAGCCAAAGCGACGUGAAUGUAUAUGUUUAUAAAACUGUUGUUAAAUCUUUUGGUGUGGCUAAACAUCUAGUCAAAGGCCUGCAUAUUGUAAAUAUCUACACAUUAAUACCACAGCGGGCCCAACAUUGCGCAAAACAAAAGUAUUACAAAUACAUAUAAAAUAUAUCAACUGUGUAGCUUUAAGAGAAAAAAUCUCAUGACUGUAUUAAAUACAGUUAUUUUAUUAUACACAAGUGCCACUGCUAUUGCAAAGAGGAUCAUGAAUUUCCAAAAUUGCAAAUGAGCCCUGUUUUAGGUAUCUAUUAAUAUUUUAGUGUAAACUUUUUAAUAAAUGCAGGUAGAAUAGAAGAUCAUGUGGCAGCAUUUAUCAUUGGUUGAUCAGUGACAUUUCAUCUGGCAUGGACGUGCUUGCGUUGAGUACUACGUACCUGAUUUAUUUUUUAACAUCUUAUUUUAAACGUCACAGUUUCGUUUUCUUUCAACCCCUUAUUUGCCAAGAGUGGCACUGAAGCUUUAGUAGUUUCAUGUGUUCUGCCUACCCCUUUAUGGGA